AUGUCAGACGUUCAGGACCACUGGAAAGUCGAGCUGGAUCAGACAUGGGACGUUCUCGGCCCUUUUCCAAUUCAUGCUAGGGAGCAACACUACCUCUCACCUGCCUUUCCCUUGAAUUUAGAGGAAUCGAUAGAUUACCUCAAAACAUGGCCCUCCGCCUAUGCAGACGGCGGCAGAGUAGGUUGGAAGUCAACCCAGCUACGCGAAGAUGGGUCGCUCCAUGUUAAAUUUCCUGAAAUUCGAUGGAAUUGCCUUCGAGCUACUGAAGGCUGGGCGGCCUUGCAACAUCAUGCCAUCCUGCGAACAACGCUGACUUUACACCCUCCUCAAGUCCCUUCUGUUGAAAGCCUAGAUAUCCCUCUCGAACUUCAAGUCCAUCUAAGACAAGCAUCCUACUUUACGCUACGCCCUAUGAAUUAUAAAAAUUCUUCCUUUCACCCGGUGUGGUACGCCGGAAAUAUAUAUGACCUGGAACGCACUCUUCCUCAGAUUGUACCCCUCUCCGUCACGAAUUCCACACCCGAGCCUAUUCAAUUCGAUUUAUUCGUAAGUGGGGAUUAUGAAAUCAGACUCUUCGGUGACCCACACGCCCAAAACUCUGAGGUGCCCACUCUGGUUAUCAACAUGGACGUGGCGGUGAAUCCCGCAACAAAUCAAGUCAUUCACGAACCAAGUCAAGAUGUAAUCUGCGACUUCGUCGGUGGUUACAGCUUUGGGGAGGCGAUCGGGGUGGGAGUUCGAGCCAGCACAGGUUGGUGGACUGUGGUCGAUGUUGCUCUCGGAGAUAAAAUUUCGGCCGAGAACAUCAAGAUACGCUUGCUAUGCACGACACAGAUCGCACCUUCACAAUCUCGCAUCGUUCCUAUUGUUAUCCGACAGGAAGGGCCCUUCAAACACGAAAACCUCCCGAUAGAGCUAACUUUGUUUUCUGACCUUGAUAACGCAAUAACAACAGUCUCUGUGUCUCUUCCCGUGACACAUUUGAAAUUAUGGACUUCAAUGGAACGUAGAGUCAUCAGGGGGUCAUAUUUUUAUGCGCAAUCGAUGCCAACUACAUUUAUUGCGGUCUCCCCCGUAUUUCUGGGCCUCGACAAGCCUAGACCGCCAAUUCUUGCUCUCCACGGUGCAGGUGUCGAUAUUUUGCAACAAGACUUUUGGAUACGAUCGUUACCGAAAAACAAAUAUAGCUGGAUGGUUGUUCCCACAGGCCGAACUUCCUGGGUACACCCCACAAUACCUGCUCCAGCACUUAAUUUGCUGACAAUUCGAAAGGGAUUGGAUUGGCAUGGGCCUAGCGCAAAGGAUGCGUUCGAUUCUGUCAAUGCUCUAUCCUCGGUCUUGAGCAAACGUCCAGAUUGGAGUCUAAAUGCGCCACCAGUAAACAUGCCUGUGGUUGCUAUCGGACACUCAAAUGGUGGACAAGGUGUUUGGUAUCUCGCCUCUCGCUAUCCUGAUCGAGUGCUUGCCAUCGUACCUGCUGCGGGAUACAUCAAGUCAACAGAAGGGAUGAUAAUAGCGUUCAGAUCCGCACACUUCAUAGACCCAGCGCUUCGAGCAAUUCUGGAAUCGUCCUUCACGGCAGACGACAACGACCUACAUUUAUCAAAUCUAGUCGGCACACCGAUACUGGCUAUUCACGGAGGAGACGAUGACAACGUCCCUGUUUGGCAUUCUCGCGAAGCUGUGAGUGUGCUCCAAGAGUGGCUGCCGUCUGCGAACGUCAGUUUUCGCGAAGACCAGAAUCAAGGCCACUGGUAUCCUUCCGUUCUCGAUAAUGCACAAGUUCAAGAUUUUUUGGACAGCUACACAAAUGUUCCGAAGGGGGACAGUCCGUCUGUAAAGGAGUUUACUCUCACCGUAUAUGAGCCGCGGGACUGUGGCUCCCUUUAUGGUUGGAAGAUCGAGUGUGUUUUAUUACCCGGAAGGCUUGCAAGGCUUCACGUCGACCUUCGCGAGCCUCAUCUUUCUCGGAUCACUACAACAAAUAUAAGUGGCUUCUCCCUUGCCUUGAAAGCUCCCAGUAGCGGAUCACACGUCUUUCAUGUCGACUGCUCCUCCAUUGAUGUGCCUGCAGAUAUCGACAGCGUUGUCUAUUUCGAACGUACCACGAAUGGACAUUGGGAGAUAGCCAACGAGCCGUUGCCCGUACCGCCUCCGAGCAGAAUACAGUCCAUAUUAUCCUCACCUGCACCAAUAACGAUCGUUAUUCCCUCUACCUCUCGCAGCCCCGAGCUUUCUUCUGCAUUACGCAUUGCUCACGACCUCAAUGCCUAUCAUCGAAUCGAUGCCGAAAUUGUUGACGAAUCAGAAGCGCUUGCGCGCAGCCAGAUUGGUUCAUGGUCAGAUGGUAACAUUAUUUUCAUAGGGACAUCUUCAUCCCCAUUUGUCGAAGCUGUGAUCGAAGAAAAAAGGACCGCAAUGAAACUUUGCGAUGGAAGGCUGGUCAUAAAUGAAAGACACCUCGAGCAACCUGGCGAAGGUAGGCAGACACGCCAAGUUUUCUGGACACCCGACCUGAUUCUCUUCCAAGCGGUUUUAUUUUUGCACCCACACCCGGCGAAACAAGAUGCGAGCAUGUUGUUCAUGGUAUAUACGGACGCUUCAUCACUCGAAAGGGCCACAAGACUUCUGCCUAUCCGCACAGGAGUUGCGGUCCCCGAUUGGUUGGUUACAAUACCUUUGAUGGACCGGUAUGGGGCUGCAGGGAUCAAGGCUGCAGGGCUUUGGAGUAACAAUUGGGACUUGAAUCUUGCGACUGCCUGGUUUUCCUGA